AUGCUGCGCUCGCUGUCGUCCAAGCUGCCGCUGCACAAGCUGGCCGGCGCGCGCGCCUUCUCGGCGUCCGUGGCCGACUCGCACCUGCUGGUGAUCAACGCCGGCAGCUCAUCGCUCAAGUACUCGCUGUUCGACCUGCAGCCCGAGGGCGUGGGCGCCGCCGUGUUCACGGGCCUCGUGGAGCUGUCCACGCCCAGCAGCAAGAACGGCCGCAUCACGCACAAGACGCUGGCCACGGGCAAGAAGGAGCAGAUCGAGCUGCCGCUCGACACGCACCGCACGGCGCUCGAGACGGCCGUGGGCAAGUUCUUCGGCUCGGACCUCGACGGCAUCAAGGCCGUGGGCCACCGCGUCGUGCACGGCGGCGAGGCCUUCAGCAAGGCCUCGCUCGUGGACACGCAGGUGAUCGAGGCCAUCAAGGCCAACAUCAAGCUCGCGCCGCUGCACAACCCCGGCAACCUGCUGGGCAUUGAGGUGGCCACGGAGGUCUUCGGCCCGUGCCCGCAGGUCGUGGUCUUCGACACGGCCUUCCACGCCACGAUGCCGCCCAAGGCCUACACGUACGGCAUCCCGCACAAGCUCUACGAGGACUUUGGCGUGCGCCGCUACGGCUUCCACGGCACGAGCCACCAGUUCGUGGCCAAGAAGGCCGCGGCCAUGCUCGGCAAGCCCGUGGAGGACUGCAACUUCGUCACGUGCCACCUGGGCAACGGAUCCAGCAUCGCCGCCAUCCACAAGGGCCGCUGCAUUGACACAAGCAUGGGCAUGACCCCGCUCGAGGGCCUCGUCAUGGGCACGCGCUGCGGCGACGUGGACCCGGCCCUGCACGCCUUCCUCUGCAAGGAGCUCGACAUGACCAUCCAGGACGUGGACAAGAUGCUCAACAAGCAGAGCGGCCUGCUCGGCAUCUGCGACGAGAGCGACAUCCGCGUCAUCCAGGACCGUGUGCGCGCCGGCAACGACCCCGCGGCCUCUUUGGCGCUGGACGUGUUCGCCCACCGCGUGCGCAAGUACCUGGGCGCCUACGCGCUGGAGCUGGGUGGCGACCUGGACGCCCUCAUCUUCACGGCCGGCAUCGGCGAGAGCUCGGCCAUGAUCCGCGAGCGCGUGUGCCGCAACCUCGGCUUCCUGGGCAUCGAGCUCAACGAGGACAAGAACGCCGUGUCCAUGAUGGGCUCGGGCCCCGUCGAGAUCCAGGCCGACAACGCCAAGACCAAGGUGAUGGUCGUCAACACGGACGAGGAGCGCAGCAUCGCCGAGCAGACAUACGAGAUCGCGCUCAAGCAGUAAAUCUGACCGUCGCUGGCGUAUC